AGAAAGACGGCAGCACGCACGCUCCUUCGCUGUGCGCUUCUCCAGUGCUCAAGCUAUGCCCCGCCUGUGGUACAUUGCCUUCCAGCGCGGCCCUCCACGAUACAGCCAUGCUGGCAGCAGCAUCAGCGUCUCUCCCAACAUCACGACUGAUCUUCGUGAAUAUCAGUACGCCCCUGCCGAAGAUGAAGCACUGCAGCUUGUCUACGUGUGGGUCCUGAGGCUGCCUCAAGAAGUUCAGGCUGGCCAUGCCUGUGGGCGGUGGAGCAAGGUAGCUGAGGCGGGCACUUCGACGUGGGGCUCGCCACAGAGUGCAUUUGUAAAUAUUCAGCUUCGGACGCCUUCAGCUGCAGACUUGGAAGCAGCUCUUGGGGCUUUACAUACCAAAGUUUCACCCAAAGGCAAAGGAAAAGAUCGCUUAGUCGAACUUCACUUGGCUAUAUAUGCCGCUGGGUUGCCAUCAGCACGAACACACGGAGGAGGUGCGCAGUAUGCAGCGAAACGACGCAUGGCUGAAGGCGACCUGCUCAAUGAGAUAGCUUUCGAUUUACCUCGUGCGUUUUUCGCUAGCGCAUCUUCAUCAUCACAAACUGGAGAGGAGAGUGUCUACUUCGUGCCAGUACUGUCAACGCCCAUCGAGUUUUCCAUAACUCCCUUGUCGAGUGGCGACAAGAGCGAGCGUACGCACGACACCAUGCGCCUCUUGCGAUCCAGGGAGCACGGCUGGCUGGUGUCUGUCAAGGAAACAGCUGGAUACGAGCUAGACAAGCACCUGUGGGACGCAUCGCAUCUCCUUGGUUCGUACUUGUCGUCUUCGCUUUUCUUCUCUUCCGCCUCCAGCCCUUCCCAAUCCCACCGUCCUGGAUGGAUAACUCGUCUAUUGCAAAUCAUAGCAGAUGAGUCGGCUUCAGUACUUGAGGAUGGCUACGCCUCGCAAGCGAAUACAGCCGCACUGGCCGGAGAUACACACCCCUUCGUCGUUCUCGAGCUCGGCUCAGGCACGGGGUGCACUGGCAUCUCCCUCGUUGCCAUCCUUGAUGCGCUUGUUCGGACCGGAAGGCUGCCGAGUGAAAGGAGGGCAGAGAUUAUCCUGACAGAUCUAGAAUCAGCGAGUGAGCUCCUUAAAGAUAACAUCGAUUUCAAUCAAUCCCAAACUUCAGCAGCAAGCAAUUCCACUCAACUUCGCUCCGCGGUGCUAGACUGGACACAAGUCUCCGCAUCGCAGACCAAACUGCGGAACUGGAAAGUAGAGCAUCUAGGCGAAGCAGACCGACAGCCGGAUCUCAUCCUCGUCUCCGACUGCACUUACAACCAAGACUACUUCGACGAUCUUUGUGACGUUUUGCGCACCUUUCUUGCGCCGAGGCGCAGUCCUGCUGUACUAGCGCUCCCUUCAAAUGACGAAAGCAAGCACUCGGCAAAACUUGCACCUCCCUCCACCUGUCUUCUCUCCAAGAAGCAUCGCCACCCCGACGAAGAGUCGCUGUGGCCGAAGCUGCGCGCUCGUGGACUGCGCUGGGAGCUCUUGGCGGGCGAAAACGCUUCAUUCGAGAUUCAAAGCAGUGGCGAGCAUAGUCACAUGGGGCUGUACGAGAUCACACUCCAUCCUGCCUGAGCAUCAAUUCUGAAUGCCAACACGUGUUCUCUAUGGACAGUGAAUUUGUCUUGGAAUGUCUAAUAUACAUAUGCUGUUGCUUUCUUCGACUGUGACUGCAAGUACGCCUCCCGUCUAUUUCCGUGCUGCUACAGAUCAAAGCGUCUCUUCGUCCUGCGUGAGGUCAAUCAAUGAUCCAGCUCGUACUCUUGCCACUCCUUGUUUCCCAACCACAUUCAAUAUCGUCAUUCCCAUGUCUGCAUCCUGACCUCCAUUUCC